CCUACAAAUACAAUCAUCGACCUCCAUUAACAUUCACAAUUGUAAACAACUUCUUACACAAUCAAUCACUAGCAAUCCAUUAAACAUUUUCAAAAUAUGUCUAUCAUUCCAUGCUUCUUCGAUCCUUUUGAUGGUUUCUUGACCUCCUCACUCUCCGGUUUUCCAACGAGUGCUCGCGAAAUGUUGCCUAGAGUAGACUGGAAGGAGACGCCUGAAGCUCACAUUUUCAAGGCAGAUCUUCCGGGGAUGAAGAAGGAUGAGGUGAAGGUGGAGAUGGAGGAGGGUAGGGUGUUACAGAUCAGCGGGGAGAGAAGCCGAGAGAACGAAGAGAAGGAGGAUAAAUGGCACCGCGUGGAGCGGAGCUCUGGCAAGUUUGUGAGGAGGUUCAGGUUGCCGGAGAAUGUGAAGGUGGAUGAAGUGAAGGCUUCAAUGGAGAACGGGGUCUUGACUGUGACAAUGCCAAAGCAGGAAAUGAAGAAGCCUGAGGUGAAAGCCAUUGAUAUCUCUGGUUAAAGCUUGAGAGUGUUAUAGGGAUGAUGAUAUAUUAUUAUGGUUGAAGAAUAAGAAUGUGUGUGCAUGGGAGUGAA